CAUUAAUCCGAUAUUCUGUGACUCCAAUAAUAGUCAGUAGUCAGUCGGAUUGGAGUUAGCACAAUUUCAUUCACUGUGCAUCCCUGUACAAUUUAUCCGUGUAGUAUAAUGCAUAUAUAAUAAUAAUAGCCAUAACUGUCGCUCCUGCUGUGGAUGCAAAAUAACCACAACAUUGUUGUUUCUAUUCCUCGACCAUUCCCUCACAAUGGAUUGAAUAAACAUUGUAAAUGGCAUGAAUCCUCAGAAAGGUGUACAAAUAUUUGCCACCCUAAGCUGUACCAUUUGUGGAGACCAAAAGGAGAAGGAGUGCUAGGGAAAUCGAGAGUGGAAUCCAGAAAAUCUCCACACAAUUAGUUUUUCUGUCUCGGCCAUCCUGCAGUUGUUGUAAAUUGUAAGCGAGGGCUGAAGGGGCUCAGCAGAGGAAAACAAACAGCUCAACCCUUGAUGACAUUUUGCAUCAUAGAGGACAGAAACGAAGAGAAAGUAAUUUAUCAGUGUACGUUCCGGGACGAGUCUACGUAUUCAAUCGACGAAAAUGGAACUCUACACAAUACUCGAUCCUUUCCAUUCUAUUGGUCUAUUCCACUUCCUACCCUCCUGCUGCAUACCGCAUGAGCUAGCAAUGUACAUCUCACAAGUACAAAACACAACAGUCUAUAACCCUUCAGCAUACGACCAUCUUUGUCACUUUUCAGUCCACCAACAAGGAAACUAAUGCAAUUGCUUUCUUGAUCACAAUCCUGCGAGUGAAAGAAUGUCAACCUGAUUUGGUCUGUCGGACUUGUGGCCUAGACGAUAAAAAUGAACUACCACACACGCCGACGACGUCAGCUUUCGAUUUCCCACCCUGCACUUUACACCGUUUUCAUUGUAUUAACAUUUUGUUGGGCAGUGAGGCACAACAGCUACAUACAUCACCACACCAUGCAUGGUUUGAAAUUCGUUGGUUUGAUCAUGUAGACUAACCAAUACAUGGAGAAAGUCAGUGCAUGUGUGUAUACGGGACCCAAAUCAUAUCAUUUAGAAACGAAAACAAACAAAAUCGUAAUCACAUCAUGUAACAAUCUGUUGUUCUAAAUAUGAGAAUUCGCGAGUUCUACAGAUUGCAAGAAGUUAUUUCCGAUCUACUGAACAAAGUUCGCAUUUCAAGUUUACAGUUCAUAUCACAAUGAUCUGUGUCUCAACAGAACGUUUCGUUUGUCAUUAGUGUCAAGAACAGGAAAAAUUUUCCCCUGCAUUAAUUUUUGAGUGGUGCAAUAAAUGUCAGAUAAUAUUAAGAGUGGAGCCAAUAACAGUUGAUCAACCAGAUCAACGAAUUAGUUCCACAACAACUAUAUAAAUAUAUUUACUUAUACAUAGAUUUGACCACGCAAACGUAAAUAUUUACUAAAUGACGAAUUAGGAAUUUUUAUCAAACUUUGUCCUAAAAAUUAAAAAAAAAUCAGGCUAGUGCAGAAAUGUGGAGGGAGGAAAGGGAGGAAACGUAAAGACGAAUUCAAAAUACAUAUGGACGGAAUAUCGAUUUUUGCUUAUUAUGUAUCGGCAACAAAUGUUGCUUCCACUCAAUUUGUUUGGUUUGGUUCUUGGUUUGGUGUGCAACAUGCUCACGCCAAGCGGCCAGACCUGAGCAAAGUCCAAAGUGUUCACCUUUUGCUGUGUGUACGUUGUAGAUAAGUGUGUACACGGAGGAAGAGAGCGAGGGUUGUCAGAAGGCAAGGAAACUUAGGGCAGGAUGAAUUGAUAUUCAAGAAGUUUGAUGCGAGAACUACAGAGUUAAAUCAAGAUAAGAAAAGUCGAAAAUUCAAUUCAAUUCAUGGAGAAAAUGCGGAAGAAAUGGCUUAAAUUUUGAAAUUAAAAUGUGGUGGUAAUUUAUAUUAACCAAAAUAUAAAUCAAGUUAAUAGUCAAAGUAAGACACGUCGGGGUUGCAGCUACUGCAUGGCGCGCGUUGUUUACGCAUUCCCUACCAAGCAGCUGAAACGUUUUGCCUUCGACCAACUCGAGUAGGGAAGCCUGCGUAGUGCGAUGCCAGCGGAUAUUUCAUUUCUCUCUCUCACUCGCUCGCUUAUUGAUAUCUCUGUGCGCAUAGUUUUUCUUAUCCCUUGAUUUUCGUGAAAAUUAUUGUUUACUUGGGCCUAGCCCCCACCCCCCACUUGAUAAUGGGUGUGCCUGGCGCCUUCCCCCACUUGAAAAUGAGAAAAAGACGAGUCCACAUUUCGAAUUUUAAGGGUGCGGCUAUUGCUAUCGAUAUUAUGGGGUAAGUUUUAUUCAUUUUAUUUUUAAAAAGAUUAAAUUAUUAAUCAGGCAAUGCCUUCAAAUAAAUAAUUCUCUUGAUCAACACAGAUAUGUAGUAAAAGGACAUUACAGAGUGCUGAAAUCUGCAGGACUUGCCGAUGAUAAUACCCUUCCAGAAUCAACUGCGGGAAUAAUUUCUUCGGUCGAGGACAUUGUCCGAACUAUUGUGGAUGCUGGAUGCACAGUCUACCUAGUCGCAGAUGGCAAGAAACUUCCCAAAAAGGCCAAAGAGCAUUUAGCAAGGGCGGCACAGAGGGAGAAUGACAUUGUCAAAGCCGACUACUGCUUCCGACUUGGAAGGAAGGAUGAGGCGAAAAAGUAUCUCGCCCGCAGCACCGUCAUCUCUCCAGCUGUGGUGGAUGGAUUAAAGGGCAUUGCACAGAAGUUCCCCAACAAGUGCUUCUAUUUCGGAGCCCUCUUUGAAGCCGACUCCCAGCUGGGGUACUUGGCGCAGCGGAAUUUGGUUGACAUUGUCAUCUCCCACGACUCUGACAUGUUGCUGUUUGGAUGUUCCAAGGUGCUGUUCUCUAUGAACAGCAAAGGCUGGGGGAAUUACUACAAGACGUCGGACAUCCCCACCGCCCUGGGAUGGGAGGAAUACCAUCACGAGAAAUUUGUCAAAAUGAUGAUCCUCGCUAAAUGCGACUACGUCAAGAACAUUCCUGGUAUUGGCAUAGCCAAGGCGCAGAAGAUUAUCGAGGCGACGCUUGACCUCUCAACUAAAUCGAUUUUGGCAACUGUUGUAAAACUCUUCCCCGAAUCCGUCAUUCCAGCUGAGUACGCCAAGGAUUUUGACGAGGCGUACCUCACGUACCUCUACUCUGCCGUCGUGAAUCCCAUCAAAAUGGAGUCAACACGAAUCAACACACCUCCACCCACGCUCAGUGAUGAUUAUCUCCGUUUUGCCGGCCGAUUUCACAACAAAGUGGACACGACGGACAUUGUCCUCGGAAAUAUAUACCUCAACAAAGGGACACCAUCUCCACAUGUGACCCUCGCCUCCAACCUGGACAAACCUCUUUCCUCCAACUUGCUUCUUCCAUUCCGAAUUCGAGGAGAAGAAACAAGUAAUGGAAUUCCAUGUUGAAGAGGGAGAAGGACCUUGUCCGGAUGAGGACGACCAAGAGGAAGAGCACCCUAAGGAGUAUCCCUGUUUGGACUGCGACAAAAUUUUUUUCUCUCUCUCUAAAUUUGUCCGCCACGCGGUGG